AUGGCUAACCAGAAGCACGAGAAGCACACUGAAAAAUCCAAGCGCUCCAGCUUCUUUUCCGCAAAAACCUCAACCUCGAAAUCCUCGGGCCUGGCUGAAAUUGAGCAAGAUGGUGGCGGCGUGGACGAUACACUGCCAUUACAGGCUUCCCCCAGAUCGCUGCACUUACUGGUCACGCAAGAUAUUCUGCAGUCCUGCCUUGAGGCGAUGUCGAAUAAAAUUCUGGCUAAUAUCCAAGGCUUCCUGAGGGAACUCCGCAAGGAUGUUCAGGAGCUGGGGGAUUGA